UUCACAUGACUACUACACGUUAGCAUGGUAGUGAGACCAAGCCAUGUCUAUAAUAUAAUGAACAGGAACCGGUCAAGAACACAAGAUGACGCAAGUGAUGAACAUGCAAGGCUAAGUGGACCCAUUCAACUGGUUAAUUUAUUUCUGUAUCUAGCACCUUCUGUUCAUGUUCUUUAUUAUAAAUACGCGCACACAAGGUACCCAACCUUACAUAUCUGCCUUCAACAACUGUUCGAAACAAAAUCCAAAAUCUCGCCUAUAAUGGCUUCCUUAGCCUCAGCGUUACUUAACCCUUUAUCUUCUUCUCCUUCUUCUUCUUUUUAUUUAAAGAGAAUCAAUUGCUCUAUGAUCAAUUGCUCUUUCUCUGUUCCAAAAGCAUCUACGAGAAAUCUGGUUGAGGAAUUGGACAGGUCCAAAGUUAAAGCCAAAGCUCCAUUGGAAAAGAAUGACAACAUCAAAAUACUACAUGAUCAUGAUGAUGAUGAUCUAUUUAAUUCUACAGAUUCUAAGGCCAAUAUGCAACUCUAUGCAGUCUUAGAGGCUGUAGCUGACAGAAUAGAAAUGCAUAACAACGUUGCAGAGCAACGUGACAAUUGGAACACCCUCCUUUUAAACUCCAUCAAUAUGAUAACACUCACGGCUUCAACUAUGGCUGGUGUUGCAAGCACGGGUAGUUGUGUUGGUGCAUCACUUUUGGCUAUGAAGUUAUCUUCUGCUCUUUUAUUUUCUUCUGCCACUGGGAUGUUGCUUGUGAUGAACAAAAUCCAACCAUCACAACUUGCUGAGGAACAAAGGAACGCUACAAGACUGUUUAAGCAGAUUCAGACCCAAAUCAAAAGGACAAUCGCCAUUGGAGAUCCCAGUGAAGGUGAUGUGAGGGAUGCAAUGGAGAGGGUUUUGGCGCUUGACAAAGCUUACCCACUUCCCUUGUUGGGAGCAAUGCUUGAAAAGUUCCCAGCUAAGUUUGAAGGAGCUAGUUGGUGGCCUAAAAGUAGAUUGAACAAUGAUAAACUGCACGCAAAUAAGAUGGAGAUUAAGAACAAUAAUGGAUGGAAUGAGGAGUUGGAAACGGAAAUGAGGGAGGUUAUUAAAGUGGUAAAGAGAAAAGACAUGGAGGAUUAUGAGAGGUUAGGCAACUUGGUACUGAAGAUCAACAAGACUUUAGCUAUUUCAGGACCUUUGCUCACUGGAAUUGCAGCUGUAGGAUCUGUCUUUGCAGGUGAUGAUCAAUCAUGUGUAGCUCUUGUUCCUGUCCUUGCUGGGGCAUUGGCUACUGUUGUUAAUGCCUUUGAGCAUGGAGGCCAACUUGGCAUGGUGUUUGAAAUGUACAGAAACUGUGGUGGAUUUUUCAAGAUGUUUGAAGAGACAAUUGAAUCCACAAUUGAAGAGAAAGACUUGGAGAAAAGAGAAAAUGGGGAGCUCUUUGAAAUGAAGAUGGCUUUGCAAUUGGGAAGAAGCGUGUCGCAGCUAAGAGAACUUGCCUCUAAAUCUGCUUCAUAUCGUAUAGAAGGAUCACGUGAUAUAGAUGAGUUCGCCAGCAAACUCUUCUAAGAUAUCGACAUUUUUUUAUUAAUUUCUUGUUUAAACUCUUUAGAU